AUGGCAGAGAAGGUGCCCCCUGGCUUGAACAGGAAGACCUCCAGGUCGACCCUCUCCCUUCCACCCGAGCCCGUGGACAUCAUUAGGAGCAAGACGUGCUCGCGGAGGGUUAAGAUCAACGUGGGCGGCCUCAACCACGAGGUCCUGUGGCGCACGCUGGACCGCCUGCCGCGCACGCGCCUGGGGAAGCUGCGGGACUGCAACACGCACGAGAGCCUGCUCGAGGUGUGCGACGACUACAACCUGGGCGACAACGAGUACUUCUUUGACCGGCACCCGGGGGCCUUCACGUCCAUUUUAAAUUUCUACCGGACCGGGAAGCUGCACAUGAUGGAAGAGAUGUGCGCGCUCUCUUUCGGCCAGGAGCUCGAUUACUGGGGCAUCGACGAGAUUUACCUGGAGUCGUGCUGCCAAGCCAGGUACCAUCAAAAGAAGGAGCAGAUGAACGAGGAGCUGAGGCGGGAGGCCGAGACCAUGCGAGAGCGGGAGGGGGAAGAGUUCGAUAACACCUGCUGCCCCGAGAAAAGGAAGAAGCUCUGGGACUUGCUGGAGAAGCCUAACUCGUCGGUGGCUGCAAAGAUCUUGGCCAUCGUGUCUAUCCUGUUCAUCGUACUCUCCACCAUCGCUCUGUCUCUCAACACUUUACCAGAGCUGCAGGAAAUGGAUGAGUUUGGACAACCCAACGACAACCCCCAGUUGGCACACGUGGAGGCUGUGUGUAUUGCUUGGUUUACCAUGGAGUACCUCUUACGCUUCCUGUCCUCACCAAAUAAGUGGAAGUUCUUUAAAGGCCCACUAAAUGUCAUUGAUUUGCUGGCCAUCUUGCCCUAUUAUGUCACCAUCUUCCUCACGGAGUCCAACAAGAGCGUGCUGCAGUUCCAGAACGUGCGGCGCGUCGUUCAGAUCUUCCGGAUCAUGCGCAUCCUCCGGAUCCUGAAGCUGGCCAGACAUUCCACAGGCCUGCAGUCUUUGGGGUUCACCCUCAGACGGAGUUACAACGAGUUGGGCUUACUGAUACUAUUUUUGGCCAUGGGGAUAAUGAUAUUUUCCAGCCUGGUUUUUUUUGCUGAGAAGGAUGAAGAUGCUACCAAGUUCACCAGUAUCCCAGCGUCGUUUUGGUGGGCCACCAUCACCAUGACCACCGUGGGCUACGGUGACAUUUACCCCAAGACACUACUAGGGAAAAUCGUGGGAGGCCUCUGCUGCAUUGCCGGGGUUCUGGUGAUUGCCCUUCCCAUCCCGAUCAUCGUGAAUAAUUUUUCUGAGUUUUACAAGGAGCAGAAACGCCAGGAAAAAGCGAUUAAAAGGCGGGAGGCUCUGGAGCGGGCCAAGAGGAACGGAAGCAUCGUUUCUAUGAACUUAAAAGAUGCCUUUGCUCGAAGCAUGGAACUGAUAGACGUGGCCGUGGAGAAGGCAGGCGAGUCGGCCAGUACCAAGGACUCGGCUGACGAUAACCACCUCUCUCCAAGCCGGUGGAAGUGGGCCAGGAAAGCUCUGUCAGAAACAAGCUCCAACAAGUCUUUCGAGAACAAGUACCAGGAGGUGAGCCAGAAGGACUCCCACGAGCAGCUGAACAACACGUCUUCCUCCAGCCCACAGCAUCUGAGCGCCCAGAAGCUGGAGAUGCUCUACAACGAGAUCACCAAGACACAGCCUCACGCCGCCCCGAACCCCGACGGCCAAGAGCAGCCCGACAGGCCAUCUGCCUACGAGGAGGAGAUCGAAAUGGAAGAGGUGGUCUGCCCGCAGGAGCAGCUGGCCGUGGCGCAGGGCGAGGUCAUCGUGGACAUGAAGAGCACGUCCAGCAUAGACAGCUUCACCAGCUGCGCCACCGACUUCACCGAGACGGAGAGGUCGCCCCUGCCACCACUUUCCGCCUCCCACCUGCAGAUGAGGUUCCCCCCCGACCUCGCAGGGACCGACGAGCACCAAAGAGCCCGGGGGCCCCCGUUCCUGAUGCUCGCCAGGGAGAAGGGGCCCGCGGCCAGGGAUGCCAUCCUGGAAUACGCUCCAGUCGACAUAACGGUGAGCCUGGAUGCCAGCGGUUCCCAAAGUGGGCUCCACGGCCCCCUGCAGCCCGACGGUGCCUCGGAGAGCCCCAAGAGUUCGCUGAAAGGCAGCAACCCCCUGAAAUCCAGAUCGCUCAGAGUGAACUUCAAGGAGAACAGAGGCAGCGCCCCGCAGACCCCCCCCAGCACAGCCCGGCCGCUGCCCGUCACCACGGCGGACUUCUCCCUCACCGCCCCGCAGCUCAUCAGCACCAUCCUCCUAGAAGAAACCCCCUCCCAGGGAGACAGGCCCUUGCUGGGCGCCGAGGUCUCGGCACACUGUCAGGGACCUUCCAAGGGGCUGACCCCCCGGUUUCCCAAGCAGAAACUCUUUCCUUUCUCAUCAAGAGAGAGGAGGAGCUUCACCGAAAUAGACACUGGCGAAGACGAUGACUUCUUAGAGCUCCAGGGGCCCGGGCAGGACAAGCAGGCCGAGCCCAGCCCUAACUGCUUUGCAGAUAAACCUAGCGACGGAAGAGACCCUUUAAGAGAAGAGGCCUGUGUGGGCUCUUCCUCCCCCCAGGACACCAGUCACAACUGUAGGCAAGACGUUUACCACGCUGUGGCUGAAAUGAAAAAGGACAGUAGUCAAGAAGGGUGCAAGAUGGAAAACCACUUGUUUGCCCCAGAAAUUCAUUCCAACUCGGGAGACACAGGUUAUUGUCCCACACGUGAAACCAGCAUGUGACUAGUUACAAAAGCAAUAAUAAUCAUAAUAAUAAAACACUUGUUUCUUAAAAAACCGGGUAAUAAUGCCUGUGAACUAAAAACAUGGGAAGCCCCUGUCCCCCUCAAAAAAAGUGCAUAAAAUGUUAUUUUUGCAUGGCAUGAACAGUUUAGUUUAAGUACUGUUUAAAUAAAGAGUCAAGACUGCAUUUUGUAACAAACAGACAAAAAUGACUGAGGAACAGUGA